GGGCAGGGGACCACCAGCAUGCCCCCCCCGCCGCGCCACCAGCCAUGUCGGGGGACGAAGAGUUCUACCUGUUCAAGAACAGCUCCUCGGUGGGGCCCUGGGACGGGCCCCAGUACCACAUCGCCCCUCUGUGGGCCUUCCACCUGCAGACCGCCUUCAUGGGCUUCGUCUUCCUGGUGGGCACCCCCCUCAACGCCGUGGUCCUGGUGGUCACCGUCAAGUACAAGAAGCUGAGGCAGCCUCUCAACUACAUCCUGGUGAACAUCUCCUUCAGCGGCUUCCUGUCCUGCAUCUUCAGCGUCUUCACCGUCUUCGUCUCCAGCUCCCAGGGCUACUUCAUCUUCGGCAAGCACAUCUGUGCCUUGGAGGGCUUCGCCGGGGCCACCGGAGGGCUGGUGACAGGGUGGUCCUUGGCCUUCCUGGCCUUCGAGCGCUACAUCGUCAUCUGCAAGCCCUUCGGCAACUUCCGCUUCAGCUCUAAGCACGCCCUGAUGGUGGUGGCUGCCACCUGGGUCAUCGGCCUCGGGGUGGCACUGCCACCCUUCUUCGGCUGGAGCAGGUAUGUGCCCGAGGGGCUGCAGUGCUCCUGCGGGCCUGACUGGUACACGGUGGGCACCAAGUACAAGAGCGAGUACUACACCUGGUUCCUCUUCAUCUUCUGCUUCAUCGUGCCCCUCUCCCUCAUCAUCUUCUCCUACUCCCAGCUGCUCAGCGCACUGCGGGCCGUGGCGGCGCAGCAGCAGGAGUCGGCCACGACGCAGAAGGCGGAGCGGGAGGUGUCGCGCAUGGUGGUGGUGAUGGUCGGCUCCUUCUGCCUCUGCUACGUGCCCUACGCCGCCCUGGCCAUGUACAUGGUCAACAACCGCGACCACGGCCUGGACCUGCGCCUGGUCACCAUCCCUGCCUUCUUCUCCAAGAGCGCCUGCGUCUACAACCCCAUCAUCUACUGCUUCAUGAACAAACAGUUCCGGGCCUGCAUCAUGGAGACCGUAUGUGGAAGGCCCAUGACGGACGACUCGGACAUCUCCAGCUCGGCCCAGAAGACAGAGGUCUCCUCUGUGUCCUCCAGCCAGGUCAGCCCCAGCUGAGGAGCCACCAGAACCUGCCCCAGCCCCACAGCCAGCCCUUGUCUGCUCUCUCUCUGGGGCCGGGGCUGCCCUGGGGGGCUGGGGC